AUGAUUACAAUUAUAAUAGACCUUCCUUCUUCAUUUGUUGCUUAUUUGGUAGCAUAUUCAAUUUAUUUAUAUUAUAAGAAUAAGUUAACCACCUUUCAAAUCAUAAUAGUUGAAAAUAAUGACUACAAUGAUAUGAUGACAGAUAUAUUACCAUGGUGUGGUACUACUAUCACCAGUACCACCGCAGCUACACCUAACAAUGCCGGAUUGAUACCAUAUUUAGUAAAUGGAUUAAUUACCGAUCAAUGUUUGAUUCCAUUGAAUGAGAUUCAUAUUGAUAGAUCGUUACAUAAUAAUAAUCCAAUCUAUGAUAAAUCUAUUCAAAUGGAACAAAUAAUUGUUAAUAUAGGAUUGAAUAAUAAUUUGAUUGGAUUAUUAUAUCAUCCAACAUUAAUAAUUAAUAAAUUAAGAUAUCUAUUAUUUAAAACUAAUCGAGUUAUAUUUAUGUCAAAUAAUUCAAAUUUAAUUAAUAAUAAAUCAAAUUUAAUUAACAAGUUACUUGAACAACAACAACAACAACAACCUGUAAUUGUUAUAUUAAACAAUGAAGGUAAUAACAAAUAUCCUACAAUUAAUAAGAAUAUUAAUUAUUUAAUAAAUUCUAAUUUAAUUGGAAUUAAAUAUCGGAAUUUCUCGAGGGCUAUUGCACAUCCCCCAUCUACAAUUCUUUGGUUGCCAAAUUUAUUCAAUCAAUUAAACUUAACUACAACAAACAACAACCAAUUAAAUUAUAGAAUAAUACGACAAGAAUCAAAUGGAUUAAUAAUAAACAUCCAAGAAGAAGACAAUAAUAGUAUUAUUAACCAUGAAAUAUUUGGUAAGGUUGAUAUUAACUUUGUAUUAAAAUAUUGUAAGACAACAUUAAUGGCAAUAGAUAAUCUAUUAAUUAAUUAUGGAUACAUGAAAUCUCUAAGUAAUAAAUUAUAA